AUGAAUACCUCAUCUUUAAAUUUAGAUUAUUGUAUUGAAAAAUUACAAAGAGGAGAAAUCCUCCCAGAAAAUACAAUUAAAGAGAUCACCGAUAAAAUGAAAGAGUUGUUAAUUGGUGAAUCAAAUGUUCAAGAAAUCAGAUCACCAGUAACCGUUGUUGGUGAUGUACAUGGUCAAUUUUAUGAUGUAUUAGAAAUUUUCAAAAUUGGUGGUCAAUGUCCAAAUACAAACUAUUUAUUUUUAGGAGAUUAUGUAGAUAGAGGUUAUCAUAGUGUUGAAACUAUUUCACUUUUAACAUGUUUAAAACUAAGAUAUCCAUCACGUAUAACACUUUUAAGAGGUAACCAUGAAUCAAGACAAAUUACACAAGUUUAUGGUUUUUAUGGUGAGUGUAUGAGAAAAUAUGGUAAUCCAACUGUUUGGAAAUAUUUUACAGAAAUGUUUGAUUAUCUUUCAGUCGCAGCUAUUAUCGAUGAUGCAAUUUAUUGUGUCCACGGUGGUUUAUCACCAUCUGCCCCAGCUAUUGAUCAAAUUAAAGUUUUAGAUAGAUUCCAAGAGGUACCAAACGAAGGUGCUCUCAGCGAUAUCCUUUGGAGUGACCCAGAUCCAGAAAGAGACGGUUUUGUAGAGAGUCAAAGAGGUGCAGGUUAUAGCUAUGGUAAAGAUGUUGUUAUGAGAUUUUUACAUACAAACAAAAUGCAACACAUUAUUAGAGCCCAUCAAUUAUGCAUGGAUGGUUAUCAAACUUUAUUCGAUAAUAGACUUUCAACUGUUUGGUCAGCUCCAAAUUAUUGUUAUAGAUGUGGAAAUAUGGCAUCAAUAGUCGAAGUCAAUGAAAAACUAGAAAGAUAUUUCAAUACAUACGCUGCAGCACCAGAUAGCUUAUCCAACAAACCAAAUUUGGACACAAACAAGGAGCUUCCAGAUUACUUUUUGUAG